AUGUCCCGGCCGCUCCACAAUCUCCGGCGACGCCUCCUCUCCUCAACCCUUCGAGUCCUCCCAUCACCCUCGCACCGCCUCUCCACCACCUCCUCCACUCCGGCAACCCGCGCCCCCACCACCCUCGUGGCCGUCCUCUGGGACCUCGCAGCCUCCCGCCCGCCCUCCAAGCUCCCCCUCUACGACUCCGCCGUCCGCCUCCACCUCGCCGCCUCCUCCUUCGGCCGCCUCCGUUUCUCCGCCGCGUUCGUCCACCCCUGCCACCGGCUCCCCGACCCCGAUCCCUCCGCCGACGCCACCAAUCUCUGCCGCGUCUGCGGCCGCAAAUUCCGCGCCCGCGACGCGCUGCUCCGCCACUUCGACACCAUCCACACCCGAGAGCACGCCAAGCGGCUCGAACGAAUCGAGUCCUCCCGCGGCGACCGCCGCGUGCGCCUCGCCGCGUCCCUGUCUCUCAAGCUCUCCAAGUACACCAAGGCCGCCCGCGAGCUCACCGCCGGCGUGAACCCCGGCUCUCCCGCCGACGAGCUCCGCCGAGCCAGAGUCCACGCCGAGCUCUCCAGAUACCCGUCGACCGCCCUCCGGGAUCGCGCCCAAGAGGUGCUCGACGAUGGGUCCGUGGGGUGCCUGAUGCUGGUCUCGGGGCGGGAGGAGCUCUCCCCUCUGCUGCGACUGGCGAAGGAGAAGGGCGUGCGGUCGGUGGUGGUCGGCGGCGAGUCAGGGCUGGCAAGGUGGGCAGACACAGGCUUCACCUGGGCGGAGGUGAUCGCCGGAAAGGCCAGGAAGGCAGCGCCGUCCAUGUCCGGGAAAUGGCGCGACAGGGACGUGCUUAAGGGGCUGGAGUGGAGAUAUGAAGAUGACGACGAGGAAGAAGUGGUGUUUGAGGAGGACGGCGAUGGAGAUGGUUCAGAAGAGCUGGCGGGGAGUGCAAACGGAAAGCCAUGGUGGAAGCUGGAAUCAGAUGGCGAGGACUCAUCACUUUGCACAUAA